CUUCUCUCCUCACUUUUUGCAUCUCAUUCACUCACACUCACAACCCGAUUCUAAUCCAGCCCACAUCCCUCUUUCUCUCCUUCGUUUCCUUCAUCCUUCUCCCUGUCUCGCCCGAAAGCACUCUCGCACACGCCUCGCCAUCCUCACCCUUAGAAAAGAGACAGGAAAAAACAAAACAAAACAAAGUAACAAUGCGUAUCUCCACAGCACUGUUCUCGCUCGCCGUGGCUCUGGGCGUCGUGAGCGCAAUUCCCUUCAACCUGGCACCGGCCCCAGCAACGGUUGAGGAAUGUGGACCUGAAACGGACUUGUUGAAGAUCGAAUACGUCAAUAUCACACCCAACCCUCCGCUCAAGGGCCAGACCCUCACGAUUGAGGGCAAGGGCCAGCUUUCGGGGGAUAUUGUGGAAGGAGCUCAAAUCUUUGUCGUUGUCAAGGUCGGACUGAUCAAGUUGCUGAACCAGAAGUACGAUUUCUGCACAGAGUCUGUCAAGGUCGGCAAGCCCUGCCCCGUCCUCGCGGGUGAACAUUACCUCGAGCAUUCUGUCGACCUCCCCAAGGAGAUCCCUCCAGGCAAGUACACGGCCAACAUCAAGGUCGUGAACCCACCCCCAUCGGAGGAGGAGGAGGGCGAGGAGGUUACUUGCCUCAUCGUAAAGGCUCAGUUCCUGAUCUAGUCCCAAGGGACCAAAGAAAAAAAAUCGCCCGCGAAAAGUCAUCGCUUGAACUCUCUCCCUUCACAGACCGACAACCAAAUGAGGCGUUACAGCGGCAGCAAACUGGCGAAUAUGAACAUGUGGAAUAGUGGCCGGAACAGGAUCAGCAGGAAGACCCAGACAGUUGGAUAUAUAGUUGUGCCUCUAUUUUUUUCAUCUCAAUCUCAAUCUCGAUCUCAAUCUUAAUGUAGGUAGCCUCGACAGAAUCACUCAUCUCUUUUGAAAUAUAUUAUCUCUUUUCUUUUCUUUUU